ACAUUUGCACCAACCACAAAAAAAAAAAAAACUUGAGCCUCCCGAGUAAUCGUUAAGCCUCUGUGAACUGCGAAAUGGAACCUCCGAAGGACCAACACACGCCUGAGAAAUCAUCCACCGACCCACCUUCAUCGGCUUACCCUCCCUCCGGUUGCUGCACUAACUGCGGCGGUCCAACGAUCUCCGAACCUUCACCUCUCGCUUCACUUCCCGAGAUGUCACCGCCCCCAAACUACCGCCCAAUCCGAGCUCCAGCCAUCAAUCUCCCACACAACUCUCAAGCGAUCAUCCUCUCCCCCGUCCCUCACGCCGAGCAAGUCCCCGUCGUCUCUCCGCCGUACCAAUUCGAGUGUCCCGUCAAGAGAAUCCACUCCCCGGACGAUAUCCGCCGCUUCCAGGAAUCCCCCUCUUUCAAGAACUUCUUAGGAUUCGUAGUCUCUCUCUCCGAAUCGAUCCGCGGACACAAAAUCUCCGAUCCUUGCCUCGUCUCGCCCACCGUCGCCGCCGUAGUUUCAAUCCUCGAGACCUUGCUGCAAUGGAUCGACGAGAUCCCUCCCGUUCAAAUGUCCUCGCGUUACGGAAACAUCUCCUUCCGAUCGUGGCACGAGAGGCUCGCUCAGAGAGGCGAAUCGCUGAUCCUCGAGCUUCUUCCCGACGAGUUCAAAGGAUCAACGAUCGAGAUCGUUCCUUACUUCUUCGACAGCUUCGGGAACUCGAGCAGAAUCGAUUACGGGACGGGGCACGAGACGAACUUCGCGGCGUGGCUGUAUUGCUUAGCGAGGAUGGGGGUAAUCAAGGAGGAAGAUUACCACGGCGUGGUGGCUAGGGUUUUCGUUAAGUAUCUUGAACUGAUGAGGAAGCUGCAGAUGGUCUACUGCUUAGAGCCUGCUGGGUCCCAUGGAGUGUGGGGCCUUGAUGAUUACCAUUUCUUGCCCUUUAUUUUCGGGAGCUCUCAGUUGGUUGAUCACAAGUAUAUGAAACCCAAGUCCAUUCAUAACGAUGAUAUCUUGGAUAAUUUCUCUGCCGAGUACAUGUACUUGUCUUGUAUCGCCUUUGUGAAGAAAGUGAAGAAGGGUUUGUUCGCUGAGCACUCUCCCUUGCUUGAUGAUAUUAGCGGCGUCCCGAACUGGAAGAAAGUGAACAGCGGUUUGCUUAAGAUGUAUAAAGUUGAAGUGCUCGAGAAGGUUCCCAUUAUGCAGCAUUUCCUCUUUGGCUGCCUCAUCAAAUGGGAGGAGUGAGGUACUUUUAAGCACAGUGCAUUGACGCAAGGACGUCUACUUCUCGUCCUUGCGGUGGCUUAAAAUAUUAUAGAGAGACGUCUUGCUUUUCCGAGCUCAUUGAGAAACUAGGGACUGUUUUUAAUUGCUGAUGCUAUCUUCGUAUUGUAUCAUUUUGGUUUGCUACUUGCGUAUUGUCUUUUGCCCUUUUUUAUGAUUUCGAUAAAUUCUAUCUUCCUUUUACUAUGAUUUCCAUA